AUGGUACGGUCUACCAUGGACGUCAACAACUCAAAGUCCCAAAUGAAACCGAACUCUCCCAAGAAACUGACCCGGGUGAUGUAUACGAAGCCUCUCCAGCUGCGCGAAGCGGUCGAGGGUGAUGGCAGUGUCUGUGGUGGAAUCUUUAUCGACGAAGACUUCAAAUCACAAUGCAAAGCUCGUAUCGGCCGUAAAUGGUAUAGCUUUACCCCUGCUGAUAUCAAAACUAUCCUAGCAGAAGAAUGGGAGUCCGGUAUCAAGUCACGAUAUUCUCUACAGGACCAUCGCCCUUUUUGGACAUUGUCAAUACUGCGUGGCCCGUUAUCUGGCGCAGACUUGAAUGAUACAUCCCGCAAGCCCCAUAUCAAGAAUGGCUCUGACAUCAAAACGGCCUUUGACGCUAGAGCUAUUCCUGGUCACCUAAAACUAGUGGACAAGCAAAUAGAAACGGCUGAAGACAAAGGCCAUGAUGUGACUGGAAUCGUUCUUGUCGGGGCCUCGGCUCCAGCCCCUAUAUCCGCGAACGCCUCGAGGCCGAAUAUUCACAUCGGGGUAUCGAAAUCUGUCGGUCUAACGCCGUCAGGAGAUAUGAUUAAAAGACAUACUGCCAUCUGCCGUGGAGCCAUCCUCAAAGGACUCAUGGAGGCCCCUAUCUCCGUGGAGGUGCCUAAUGCUCCUACUAUUCUUUCAACCAUCUCUAGGACGUGUCUCGGCGUCAACUCAACACCUCGAUUCGUAGAAGGGGUUCAUCGCCAUAAAGAUAAGUAUUUAUGUCAAGCCGAGGGUAUUUACAAGGCGAGAAAUCAGAUGUCGUGGUAUAUCGAAAAGGGCGAGGAAAUUAUGAGGGCAUCUCCUAUCCGGAAAGAGUUCUACAGAACAUAUACUAGGAGGGAAGAAUUCCCACCGUCUUCCUUCAAAGUGAAGAUUUAUCAGUGCGAAAACGAACGGCCGCCUAAAAGAUUGACCAGUCCUGGUGUGAGGCUUCAUUCCACCAUUAACUUCGAUCUUACCGGCUUUGAAUACGAUGAACUUGAAAGUCACAAAGGUCCCGGUGGUCAGAGAUGCAAGAGGUUCCAUUACACGAUUGAGAUGGUACCCUCAGGCGCCUCCACGGAGAUUUCGAUCGAGCAUUGCUUCCGCCGGGCCGUUUCUCGGCUUCAAUUGUCCCCAGCCAUUUCGCGUUCAUCGAUCACCGCCUCUAGUACAGUGCUGCGCUCAGCAUGUCCCACUCCUGCGCUGUUCGCCUACCCAACCCUCACACAGACUCGGUUAAACUCGACCAAUGAAGACGGUCCACGAAUUCCGGUCAGAUAUGUUGAGGCUAUCACACCAGAUAUGAAGCCAGAGGACUACCGUCAGGAAAGACAAGAACGCAGACGUCAGUAUAUGAGCGAGGGCGCUUUACCGAAGACCACCGUGUACGUGGGCAACCUCUUCUUCGACGUAACCGCAGAGGACGUGCGCAAGCAGUUUGAGAAAUUCGGUGCCGUGGAGAACGCAUUGAUUGUGCACGAUGCCCGCGGGUUGAGCAAAGGUUUCGGCUACGUUACCUUCUCCACCGUCGAGGAAGCCACGGAAGCAAUCAGACAACAGCACGGAGGCGUUUUCGAAGGCCGUGAGGUGGUCGUGCAGUUCUCCAACACGACGUACAGAUCCAUGACCGGCAACAGUCCUAGCAAGACCCUCUACAUGGGCAACGUGCCCUAUGAAUUGACGGACCAGGAUCUGCAGGAUUUGUUCGAUGAUAUCUCCGGUGUCACCGAUGUCCGCAUCCCCGUCGACCGUCGCACGGGUUUGCCCCGUGGAUUCGGACACGUCGACUUCGUCGACGUGAAUAGCGCUUCCCGCGCCAAGGAGGUUCUGUCCCGCAAGGCGCCUUACGGCCGCAAGCUGAUGGUCACCUUUGCUAAGGGCAAGGUCUUGACCCCUGAGGACCACCAGCGUCGCGAGCAGAAGAAGCUUGAGAAGAAGAGCUUUUACAACAAUCGCCAAGGUGCUCGGGAUGAUGUCGAGUCCGAGCAGGCCUCCAAUCACACUGAGACUGAGCAGGUCUCCAAUCACACUGAAACUGAGCAGAAACAGUAG